UCCAACAACUUUUUGUCAACAUUUUGUUAAAGGUGCAAUAUGUAAGAAUUUUGCAGUAAAAUAUCCAAAAGCCACUAGGCCAGUGUUAUUUAUUUUGUUCACUUGAGUACUUACAAUAUCCCAAAUGUUUGCAACUAUUUGUAAAUCGUGAGAAAAUUGCAGUUAAAUUCAGUGUAAUCUGUAGAUUUUAACAGAGCACAUCAUAAUGGGGGCUGUAUCCCACAAUGCAAUGUGCACGACUGCAGUGGGGAAUGAAUGGGAAGUGGUAUCAACCAUUUUGUGACUGAUUAUUUGAUUAAACUGAUUAGAAAAUCUGAACACAAAAUUGGAUUGUAAAUAUAAAAUAUUCAUAUUUUUUAUCUUGGUUAUGCAUCAACAUUGUACCAAAUAAUUGUUUGAAACCUUUAUAAUUGCAUUUUGCAUACUGUGCUUUAAGUAUAUACGGUGCAGAAUACAGUUGUUUGAUAGCAUUCCAUUUUGAACAUACCCACAUACUGUAAUCAUGCUUGCAGAAGUACAGUAGGUGCACUUCAAACUUUCUUUUAACAGGAAAAUGAAAUUAAAUUACAUGAUUUGAAACAUUAGUUAAGCCUUCUGGUGAAAAUGUCUUCAUGUAAGCCUACUUUUCCUGUGUCUCAUAUCAUCCUUCAUUCAUGUCAUCACAGUUACUAAGCAUAUCACUUCAACACUGUCAGAGCCCAUGCAAACAUGAUAAGGACGACCCAGAUGAAACGUACAGGAUCAAGCGACGCUCUUACUGGAAUCUUCAGUGAAUGAACUGGCACUAUGGGAUCCAGUUUCGUCUCCCUACUGCCUGUAGUGCGGAUCGAACAGAAACCCCCACCCCAGCGCCAGUAACAUAUACACCUGGAUACAAGAAGACUCCUCCACCUGUUCCUCCUCGUUCCACCACUAAGCCGGUGAUUUCCGUAACAGCCCAAAGCAGCACAGAGUCUACGCAGGACGCAUACCAUGAAGGUCGGCUGCCACGCGGAGGACUUUGGUCACAGGACAGCCUUGGCCGGGUUAUCUACAACUCCACCGACAGUCUGGACAGCGCUAAAGCAGUGACCCUAGCAAUGGAGACCGCUUCCAAGCGCCUCACAUCUGCAGGGAGCUACAGCUCUGUUCAAACCUGUGAUAAGGCCAUCCUGGUGUCCAAAGCAGAGGAAUACCUCAAGACUCCACGCUCUUCCAUCGGGAUACAGGUGGAAGCGGCCACAGAUUCUGAGACAGAUAGUAAAGGUCUCCCGCAGUAUCAGUCCGUGGGUAUCCAGGUAGAGGAUGAGAAGAGGCUUGGGCGCUUUAAACGAUCCAACAGUGUGACAACGGCAGUUCAGGCCGAUUUGGAGCUGGAGGGGUUUCCUUCGACCGAAGACAAGAGUCUGCAGUUUGGAGGAUUUCAGCGGCAUUCUGAACCCAGUACGCCCACACAAUACAAUGUGGUUCGGACCGUACGCACACAGGGCCUCUUCAGCUACCGUGAGGACUACCGGCCCUCCAGCGGGCCACCCAGCCCACAGCCCGAACCCUGGCUGGUUGAACCCACUCAUGAAGCAGCCGAAUCCGGCCGUGUGUCGCCGCUCCGCCGUGAUGGCAGCUGGUUCAUGCAGCUUCUGCACAGCGAGACCAAACGUUUGGAGGGAUGGUGCAAAGAUAUGGAACGUGAGGCAGAGGAGCAUGACUUGUCGGAGGAGAUUCUUGGGAAGAUCCGGAGUGCUGUGGGCAGUGCUCACCUCCUCAUGUCCCAGAAAUUCCAGCAGUUUUACUGGUUGUGUCAGCAAAAUCUGGACCCCAGUGCUAUGCCCCGCCCCACAGCUCAGGACCUGGCUGGGUUCUGGGAUCUCCUGCAGCUCUCCAUCGAUGAUGUCACUGCCAAGUUUGAUGAGCUGCAGCAAAUCAAGAGCAACGAGUGGAGGAUAGUGGAGAGUCCAGAGAAGAAGGAAAGAAAAUGGCCACCUCCUGUUACAAAGAGGCCUCCUAAAGGUCGCGGAGCUGUUAUGCGUGAGCGCUCCUUGGAUCUGCAGGACAGACAGAGGCAAGAGGCCCGCCGCAGGCUCUUGGCUGCUAAACGGGCUGCGUCUUUCCGUCAGAACUCAGCUACAGAACGGGCCGACAGCAUAGAGAUCUACAUCCCUGAAGCCCAAACCCGUUUAUGAAACACACAAAUGCUACGCCUCACCAAUGCGCUUCACCAACAGGGUACAUUAUUCUGCUCCAUGUCACUGCUCCACCCGUACACAUUCUCAUGUAUUACACGUAUUCUUCCUCUGCUCAUCAUCUAAUCUGAGCUGAGAAUAGUGGUGAGUUUAUAUAUGCCUCAAACAGAGCUCAAUGCAAAAAGGUCAAGGCAGUCUAUGCCCUCCAAGACCUGCAGCUACUGCAACCCAGUUUGGAUUUCAGUUUUAGUAUGUUUAGAGGACAAAACUAAGGCUUUGUUCACACUGCACACAAAUUC